CUUCAUCGCAAUUGGACCCCUACUCCAUUAUUCUAUUCCUAUUAUCCUUUCUCCAUGUUGUUGUUUUGUUGACCCGGUAUCACUUCCUCAAUGGCGAAGGCAAAGGGCAAAAAGGGUCUUUCUAGAGGAGCCCAUAGCCAUAUUCGAGCACGGUUAGAUUAUCUACAUAAUGCCUCUGCCUAUCUACAGUCUGUUGCUACUACCUCCAAGCAACCUAGCAGCCAACUCGUCAGCGAAAAUGUUGCCAGUCAAGAUGGCCAAUCGAAGUCGGCUUCAAAACAUAUUGUAGCACACCUUUUGAACCAUGUCACUACCUCUGAGAAGAAGCCAACUAGCGCGGAUGCCAGAGCAAAUCUGGAUCAUCUUCCGCACCUCUCUCGUGUAUUUGUAUCACAAAUGCGUGGAGUAUCUCUGAAGACACAGCUGCGGCUAUCUGCUGAAACAAAGAGAUCAUUCUGCAAGCGCUGUGAUACGAUUUUAUCGCCAGGCGUCAGUUGCGUACAAGAAAUCAGGAAUGAGAGCCGUGAUCGCAAAAAGCCAUGGGCCGAUGUCCAGAUCAUUCGUUGCACUACCUGUGGGACGGAGAAGCGUUUUCCUCAAACGGAGAGACGGAGCAAGAAGCUUUCUGAGCGUCGAAAGCAAAUUAAGCAAGGAAAGGAGCAAGCACCAGCUGCAUGAACCUUUCCCCCACUCCGCAACAGCCUAGACAGCCGAGGAACGAUUGCAGUUGGUUACUUCUUCUGAGGUGGCGUAUUAUCACGUCAAAGCGCACCGAGGCGGCACACAUUUGGAGACUAGGAUACAGACGUCGCUUAUCAAUUCUCGGGAGUCUAUUUACCGUCCAGUGCCCGAUUGGGACCGAAAACGAAGCACUGAGCUUCAUGUGACCAGUCGUCGAUUAAAAGCGCUAUCUAUGCGGGUGCAGAUGUAACUAUCCGUUCACUUGGGCAAGUCGCCACGGCAAGUUGCUGGAUUGCCCAAUAAGGCGAAAGGCGGAACAUGAGCUGCCGCUAUUUUGUUGGAUGACUUCGUUAGGUGGAAUGGCUACGGGACCCUUGCAGGAAUUAUGCGGUUGUCGACGGAAAACCCAUGGUCACCGAGCAGGGCUCGGAUGCUUCACGUGCUAACCAGUACUCUGGUCGGACCACACGCUAGUCUAGCCAGUGGAAUAAAGGGUCUCGUCGAUGCAAAAUAAGUCGGACAUUGUUAGAAGAACCCCCGAG